CAGCAGAGCGCGCCACCUUAAUGGUCUCCACCACGUUAUAUGGGAGUAAUAUACUCUCUGGUUAUAAGGCCCUAGGGGCCACUGCGCCACACCGCGCGGAUCUGUGAAAGUUGGAGCCAGGCAGAGAGUAUAUAUGUUAGAGCACGUGUGCGUGUGAUCUUUGUUUUAGAGGUUAUAGCUGAUUUUUCUUGAAAUUUAAUUUUCAAGAUUUAUACCGUUUAGUAUGGCCGAAGUUCUGAGAGCGGAAGACAUACUAAAGAAACACGACAAUCCAUCCAACGUACAAAAUGCGAAAACUCCCCGAAAAAAAAUAAAAAAACAGAAGAAAAAGAGUAAGAAUGAGGAUAACUCCAGCGAGAGCGAAGACGACGCGAAUUUUGUGCAAAUGAGGGGUCGAAUAGUUUCCGGCAGAAAAUGGAAAUCCCAAAAAAAGAGAGCAAGUUCGGUAAUUAAUUCACCAGGGCUAAGGCUAUCAUUUGAAAGGAAACAAAAACUCAGAGAAGAACUGAAAAGAGUAAAAGAAUUGUCAAGAUUGAUAGAGCAGGAUCGCCUUCAAGCAAAAUUAGAUAAGAAACGGCGAAGAGAAGAAAAUCUUAAGAGAGCAGAGGAAAAUCAGAAGAAGAAUGAAAUAGUUCAAGUGAUCAAGAGCUCUGCGAAGAUCAAGAGGAUGAGAAAGACACAGCUGAGACACAUAGAGAAGAGAGAUGUGACUGAUGUUAAGUGAGUUACACUGCACAAGACUGUUUUUGUUAUUGUAUGUUGUCAAUAACUGGCAUGAAAAACUCAGUGAACAUGAUGUAAUAAAAUUAAUAAUUUUAUUGUAACAGCUUAAUUUGUAAAAAAAUAUGAAAUGUUUGGAGAUUACAAUAAUGAAUGCAAAAGUAGUUCUCGUUCGUUGCCAAGGAACUUUAUUAUCAAGGAAUCUAAAGGUUCUUCACUCCUUGCAGCUUGUCUUUUCAUGGCUUGUUUGAAAUCUUCUUUCACACCUUUGUCCACACCUCUUGUAGAAAUACGUCGCUGGCUGCAAAAAAUUAUAUUCAUGUUAUUCUUCCCAAACGUUGACCUCGUAUAUUUUAAUUUCAUGCUAACUUCCAUAUAACAUGGUGGAAUGAGACCAUAUCAGUGGCACACUUCUCUCUGUAGCACCUUCUUAUAGGAACUAAAAUACAAACUGAUACAUGGGCUUUCAAAAUACAAGCAGGUGCAAAUGUUACAAGAAAAUGUGAACUUCAGUGCAAACUUUUGAGUGUACAUUAUGAACAAUGAAUUAAAAGUUUAGAAGACACUUUUCAUAAUUCUCACGAGUGUGGUAGAUAAUGAGAUUAAUCUGCAGUUGUACCCUGUGACGCUAGCACCCCCUCCCCCACCUUUGUCACCAAUUUUGAUGGAAAGUAAAGGCCCUGGUUGAAUUUAGGUUAUGAAGCUACUUC